AUGCAUCUUCAGAGUGGAGAACUUGUAACCAUUCCACAAGUAGUCAGGACUGCCUGCCAUUCCACCCUGGUACAGAUAUACCAAUCCUUCUGUGAAGAAACUGAUUUCAUCCCUCUUUCAAGGGCUACAUUAUUUAGAAUUUUAAGUACUUGUCCUGCAUCACAAAGAACAAACUUGAAAGGACUUGACAAUUUGGCUGAUGACGGAGCUGCAGGGUUUGAAACUAUUGUAGGAAUUCUGAAAAUCAUGGAAACCUACACACCAGAUAAUGACACGAUUUCUCAGUUCAAGGAGUAUAAGGAAAAUUUACAUGCUGCAAAAUUGUAUUUAAAGACAGACUUCAAAGCUCACCUCAAACAAAAAGACAACUGCGCAGACCACUGUAUGAAUUAUGCACUUAGUGAUCCUACAAAUCAAAAUCUACAGCAGACCUGCAAUGACCAUACACAUGAUCUGAAGUGUGAUAGAUGUGAAUUGCUACCAAGUACUGUUCUUGAAAUUAAACGUCAACUGGAGCAUUUUGAAGGGUCAAUUCCAUCUGAUUUGCAGUCAGAUAUGCAUGCUGACAUAGAAUCCUCAUAUGAGAAAAUUAUGGAUUGGAAGAGACAUGUUGUACGUACCAUCAACCAAGACAAAUGUAGAAGCGAUAUGUUGAAAGACCUUACACCAGAGCAGGCUGUACUAGUCAUGGAUUGGGCCAUGAAAUUUCUACCCAUGUCUUAUAUAGAGAAACAGAGUGAAUGGUUUGGCCAAAAGGGUAUUAAUUGGCAUGUUGCAGUCUGUAUUUACAAAGUUGGAAAUGAAUUGAAGAAUAGAUCUUUUACUCAUUGCUUGGAAUCUACCAAACAAGACUGGAAUGCAGUUGCACAAUUGUUGGAGCACACUCUACAUACUCUUAGAAAGCAGCUACCACACAUCACCUCUGUAUUCCUACGUAGUGAUAAUGCGGGAUGUUACCACUGUGGAAAUUUGUGGCUGUCAUUGCCUUCCAUUAGCCAUAGAACAGGUGUCCUAGUCAGGAGAUAUGACUUCAGUGAGGCACAAAGUGGAAAAUCCUAUUGCGAUGCCAAAAUAGCUCACAUGAGGGCAAAAAUUCGAAAAAGUGUGACAGAGGGAAAAAGUGUUUUAAGUGCUUCUGACAUGAAGGCAGCCCUUGAUGAAUGUGGAGGAAUCACAAGCUGUCAGGCAGCACAUGCAGAAAUCAUGAUUUCCCCUUCAGAUUCAGCCACUGGUCUUAUAAAAGGAAUCUCCAAACUGUCAAACAUUGAGAUCAAAGAUGAUGGAUCGCUGCAUGCUUGGAGAUCAUAUGAUAUAGGUUGUGGACAGAAAAUAGAAAUUCAAAAUGAUCACGACACAGUUUACAACAAUGAUGAAAGGUCAUUGAAGAUCAUUGAGGACUUUAAGUUGCCAUCAAAAGUAGAAGGAUCUAUCAAAGCAACACCUGUAGAUAAUGGGUUUGGUUGUCCAGAGGGAUGCAGUCAGGCCUUUUCAUCCUUUAAUGCUAUGCAUGAGCAUUGCCUACUUGGAGACCACAACUUUGACCUCCAGCAAAUGACCACUUACGACAAAAUCAAGCUAAGAUGGUAUGAUGCAUGCACCAAUUUGUCUGAGAAGCUGAACAUUUCAAAACUUGAUCAUGACCAGCAGAGCAGCAUAGUGCAGGAAUCCAGUCAGAAGAGUGACCAAGGAUGGGCAUUGAAAAAGGACAGGAAGAAAGUGCGUUUCUCAGAAAAAGUAAAGGCAUAUUUAAAAUCAGUUUUUUUUAUGGAGAAAACACUGGAAGUAGAGCUAAUCCUUCUGCCAUUACAAAAAAACAUGCGUGUGGCCAUGGAAAAUGGCAUAAAAGUAUUUGCAUCAUCGGAGUAUUUGGAACCCAGUCAAAUUGCUUCCUUUUUCUCCAGAUUGGCUGCAGAAAAGAAAACACAGUCCAAACGUCCUGAGGACAUUGAAUCAGCCUUAUCUCUCAUUGAAAAAGUAGAGGCCAUUGAGGAAAUAACAUCUGUAUUAUCCAAUUGA